UGGUACUAAUCCCCAGAUAAAUUUGGUUCUCAGUGUAUAAUUCCAUUCUAAAAACUGCGUUUUCUCGGCUAGCCAGCCCGACCUAGCAAAUCUAGACUCCUAGUCGUUCUUUUCACACUUCAACUAUUCCAAGACAAGCCCAUUACAGAUGCAGCAUCGCGAGUGAAUCUCUUAAAUGCCAAUCUUUCGCGUUUCUCCGAAUUGGAAUGUCGUCGGCGAUCGGCCGUCCUGGUAGCGCGUUGAUCACCGUCGCGGGUAUUUUUUUCACGAAAUUUGCGAUUUUCGCGAAUGCCAGGUUGAUUUUGGACAAUGUCAGCGUCGAUGUCGACUUUGACAAGGAGCCGUUUGAGUUGGACGAAGUCGUGAACGGCGUUUUCACGCCGAAAGGGUGGAACUCCACAUGGAUAUCUGAAACUGCCUUUAUCCAUAAGAAUGAAGAUGGCGAUGUCUUCAAGCACGACAUGCAAAGAAAAACUAGCAAACUCUUGCUACAGUCCAAAGUACUGCAAAAAUAUCCAGGAGCAAUUAUAUAUUUGUCAAAGGAUGAGAAAUUUUUUCUCUUCAGAUAUAACAUAACCAGGGUAAGAACAAUUUAACGAAUAUUCUAAUCGAAAAAAUAAUACUUUUCAGGUUUUCUAGGUUUACAGGUACUCUGCAUUGUCUCAGUAUAAAUUGUACGAGAUUGACACAGGCCAAACAUACGAUCUGGAUAAUUUGAACAAACUCCAAAUAGCGCAAUUUGGUUCUGUAGGGCAUAGCGUGGUUUAUGUGAGAGAAAAUAACAUUUAUUACAUUCCUACUAUAAGCGAUAUCCAAAAGCCUAUACAAAUUACCAACUUUGGAGUGCCGUUGUUGAUAUACUGUGGAGUACCAGACUGGAUUUAUGAAGAGGAAGUGUUAGAAUCGGCAUCGGCAAUGUGGUUUUCACCCAAUGCUACGUACCUUGCAUUUGGUACAUUCUAUGACGAAAAUGUUACGUUUUUCUCUUAUAUCCAAUACGGAGAACCUGGAGAACAACAGUAUCCAACUGUCAAAAGUAUCAAGUAUCCAAAGGCAGGUUCACCAAAUCCAAUAGCAGUUGUCUACGUUUACAACUUUUAUACAGGACGUUUGGUUGAACUUCAAUUACCAUCCGACGUAGAUAACAAAAAUAAGAACGACUACAUCCUGUUCGGACUAUCAUGGAUAUCAGAGACAGAAGUUGUGAUGGUAUCUUCCAACAGGGUACAGAAUGAGUCGUUUACAGUUAGAUGUACCGUGGAAGGUGUAUGUAAAAUGGAAGAUCAUCAAGUGGAGCAUCAAGGUUGGAUUGAACCUAAAUUACCGGUCUACAGUAAAAAUGGUACGCUGAAGGUAGAAAUUCUUCCAGAAGAAGAGGCUGACGAUAGAUAUUUUCAUAUAGUUUUCACAGACUUGGAACAAGGUACUAGAAAGAGAUUAACUUACGGAAGAACAACUGCCUUGAAGAUUCACGGGUGGGACGAAGAAGAAGGGCUGAUAUAUUACGAGGCAACUGUGAUAAACAGGCCCAGAAGACAGCAUGUGUACGCCGUCAAUUUGGACGCGGAGGUCAGAUGUUUGACCUGCAGCAUGGUGGUGGAAGGUCAGAAGUGUACGUUCGCCACGGCCUUCUUCGCGAAGACCUUCAAGUACUAUACUAAGGAGUGCCAGGGGCCUAAGGCGCCGUUGGUUGUUAUCGAGAACGCUGACGAUCCUUUUGAUUACUUACUAUGGGAAGAUAAUGAAGAUCUACGCGCCAAGUUAGCCACAAAAUGGGUUCCAGAACCUAAGUACCUGAGCGUCCCUAUACAAGGCAAAGAUGGAAACAACUUCACGGCCACAGUAGAAAUACUUAUACCUCCUACAUUGGGCUUACCUUCCAGGAAAAAACUACCAGCAGUUGUCGAAACGUAUGCAGGACCUAAUACCAAUAAGGUCCUGGAAAGGUACAACAUAGACCUUGCCACAUACCUGGUCAGUAACAGGGAAUACGUCCACAUCCGUAUAGAUGGCAGAGGAAGUGGUAGAGAUGGUCUCAAUAAGAUGUUUCAAAUGUAUAGGAGAUUAGGAACGGUGGAGAUUGAAGACCAGAUCCAGGUAUUUGCAACAGAAACUGAAGUUUAUCGAUAAAAGAAAAAUAGGAAUUUGGGGCUGGAGCUACGGAGGAUUUACCUCCAGUUGGGUUCUAGCAAAAGACUCAACCAAAGUGUUCAAUUUUGCUAUAGCCGUUGCACCAGUUACGAAUUUUCUAUUAUAUGAUACGAUGUAUACGGAGAGGUUCAUGGGCCUACCUACAUCUGAAGAUAACGAAAUAGGAUACAAUAGUACCGACUUGACAAGAAUAGUUGAGAAUUUUAGGGGUCGUCGGUACUUUUUAAUUCAUGGAAAUGCGGAUGAUAACGUACACUAUCAGAACUCUAUGCUAUUAUCGCGAGCUUUAGAACUGGAAGACAUAGAUUUCAAGCAAGUGAGCUAUCCAGAUGAAAACCAUGCACUGAUAUACGUCAGACCUCAUUUGGAUCACACUAUUGACAAAUAUAUUGCAAGAUGUUUUGGAGUAUACGAGCCACCUAUUACGUCAUAUAAUAAUGACAAUGACACAUUUACAGAAUAAAUUUCGGAACUUAGGUGAGACACUCUCUUGUAAAACUUGUGAGAGAACAAAUACAAUAAUUUUCUGUCAAGAA